AUGUACUUUCAUGGAGUACUUUUGCGCUGCUCGAAAAUGCGCCACAUUUUUCUAUAAAGGACUGCAAAAGGACCCCAAAGGAGACUGUUCGUAAGUUCAUUAAACUUUGAGGUGUUUUGAACGACGACUCAUCCAACUGUAACGCAUUACUGCGGUAUCUGUCAAGUCGCCUGUUCUGUUCAUUGAUUACAAUAGACUCACACCUAAAAAAUGCUUUAACUUCGUGGCCAUCUUGUUUUCAUUCCAGUGCUAAGUUCAACCAAAUGAAAGACUGUGUGGUGAAGGUGGUGAAGUAUUGUGAUGACUCGCUGACAGACAGCACCAUCAGAAGAAUUGUAGACAAAGAUUUAAAGAGCAAAGAAUGUUCUGAAGGCCGCGCUCUAAUACCGCCCUCGUCAGCGGCAUCAUUGCCUUGUUCCAGCUCUUUCGUCACUGAAGCAAACGCAUGUACAAGGACCUUCCGGCAAAUAUUCGUCGCGGACAAAUCGAGUUCCUCUCUUUGCACGUGAGUUUGUGUAGACUAUUUGUUUUUAUACAAUAAGCUUAAUCAUACACGCAUUCUGAUUGGUUGCUACUUAUGAUGUAAAGGCAUAGAUGAUGUCAACGUUAUCAACUAUGCUUCUUUGUGAUUUAAAACAAAUUAAAAAGGACUCAUGAUGCCGUGGGUUUACUCAAAAUGUAUUUGCAUUUGUUUGUUAAACACUGAUAAAUUGAUGGAGAUGAUUUAUUAGGGCGCGGUUGUGGAACAAAGAACAAUUUUACAUUCUUGUCUUGAGAAUGUUCCCCCCGACAAAUUGAGAAAUAACAUUAAAUUUGGGAACAGGCGUAAAAAUGUAGAAAAUUUUCCUAAGACAAGACUCAAACCAUUAUUCCCAGUUCCCUUUUUUUUAUCCGGCUAUGUUAAAAAAGCCUUGAAUUAACGGAUCGUUAGAAGACAUUUAAAUCCACCAUAAUUUUAAAGCUCCGCGAAAUAAAAAAUAAUUAUGAAAAUAAAAUCCAAAAAAUUUGGAAGAGAAUAAGGACAAAUAAAAUUGCUCCUUGGCUGAGUAUUACAAGAACAAUAAAUAUAAACAGAAAUAUUAUGAUCAUUGCUAGUAGUAAUAGAAUUAACCGACAGAUUAAGAAGGCUCUUUAUGUAGACCCAGUAAACUGUCUAAAACGCAAGAAAACGCCAAUGAGCAAGCCACGUUAAGAGAGUGACGCGAGUUUUACCGAUCAGAGUUGGCUUAGCUUUGUAUAAAAAUAGAUCGAAAUCAAUGUAGUCUCAGAUCCAAAACUGCACAAUGAGGGAAACAGACAUACGUAGAAUGAUUUUGUUAAAUAUCAUUCUUUCAGGGAGGAAGCCAAGAUGAAGAAGUGUCUGAAGAAUCUGAUCCAUUCUGACUGCACUAUUUCCUAUACUGACCGAGAAGUGUUGGACUUAGGCUUCACUGAUUACAAUCCUUUCUGCGCAAACAAUCGGGACCCUGGGGCGACCGGAAAUGAUCAGUGCUAUGGCGUGAAAGACAUCAGUGGACCCGCUGGCAUUAAUGCAGCCGCUGGCAUGAAACCUGGUGUAAUGCAGGCGCUGUUGUUAGUUUUCAUGUCCAUUUGUUUCUUUUUCAACUGUUAAAGAGGUUUCCUUCUUCAUCAUUUUAUUCCAGCUUAUUAACAAGUUUAAUAAGUUUUUGGAUCGGCGAGGCAUUUGAAUUAACUGUAAGCUUAUCUUAAGUCUAAAAUAAUUCCUUUUAGUAGUUGGAUUUAUUUCUUAACCGCUUGAACGAGCACUUCUUAUAAAAGUAUUUUAGAAAUUGAAAAUAAUGAAAAUUAAAAUAAGUUAAAAAAAAACAUUCUUUUUUAGUCAACCAAUUAAACUAAUUUGUUUUCACAAUGGUUGUAUUAGAUUUUACGCUGAGCC